GAGGUCUCGCUCGACCCCCUGAGCUGUGUCCCGCCCCCGCGUCGUGCGCAGGCGCGGACAGGCCUCACGCAUUCUACGUAACGGCUGGCGGAGGCUACGUGAAGAGUGGUGCGGCGUGACUGAGCUACCUGGUCCGGCUGUGUCCUAGAGGCGUCGAGGGCAGUGAAACCGCAGUGACCCGGCAGGGGGUGGCCGGCCCGAGAGGCAGGCAAGGGGCAAUGAAAGCCUUCCAUGCUUUCUGUGUUGUCCUUUUGAUAUUUGGGAGUGUCUCUGAAGCCAAGUUUGAUGAUUUCGAGGAUGAGGAAGACAUCGUAGAGUAUGAUGAUAAUGACUUUGCUGAAUUUGAGGAUGUCACAGAAGACUCUGUUACUGAAUCUCCUCAACGAGUGAUAACCACUGAAGAUGAUGAAGAUGAGACUACUGUGGAGUUGGAAGGGCAGGAUGAAAACCAAGAAGGAGAUUUUGAAGAUGCAGAUACCCAGGAGGGAGAUACCGAGAGUGAACCAUAUGAUGAUGAAGAAUUUGAAGGUUAUGAAGACAAACCAGAUACUUCUUCUAGCAAAAAUAAAGACCCGAUAACAAUUGUCGAUGUUCCUGCACACCUCCAGAACAGUUGGGAGAGUUAUUAUCUAGAGAUUUUAAUGGUGACUGGUCUGCUUGCCUACAUCAUGAAUUAUAUCAUCGGAAAGAAUAAAAACAGUCGCCUUGCUCAGGCCUGGUUUAACACUCAUAGGGAGCUUUUGGAGAGCAACUUUACCUUAGUAGGGGAUGAUGGAACUAACAAAGAAGCCACCAGCACAGGAAAGCUGAACCAGGAGAAUGAGCACAUUUACAACCUGUGGUGUUCUGGUCGAGUGUGCUGUGAGGGGAUGCUUAUCCAGCUGAGGUUCCUCAAGAGACAGGACUUAUUGAAUGUCCUGGCCCGGAUGAUGAGGCCAGUGAGUGAUCAAGUGCAAAUAAAAGUAACCAUGAAUGAUGAAGACAUGGAUACCUAUGUGUUUGCUGUUGGUACUCGGAAAGCCUUGGUACGACUACAGAAAGAGAUGCAGGAUCUGAGUGAGUUUUGUAGUGACAAACCUAAGUCUGGAGCGAAGUAUGGACUGCCUGACUCCUUGGCCAUCCUGUCAGAGAUGGGAGAAGUCACAGAGGGAAUGAUGGAUACAAAGAUGGUUCACUUUCUUACACACUAUGCUGACAAGAUUGAAUCCGUUCAUUUUUCAGACCAGUUCUCUGGUCCAAAAAUUAUGCAAGAGGAAGGUCAGCCUUUAAAGCUACCUGACACUAAGAGGACACUAUUGUUUACAUUUAAUGUGCCUGGCUCAGGUAACACUUACCCAAAGGAUAUGGAGGCUUUACUACCCCUGAUGAACAUGGUGAUUUAUUCUAUUGAUAAAGCCAAAAAGUUUCGACUCAACAGAGAAGGCAAACAAAAAGCAGACAAGAACCGAGCUCGAGUGGAGGAGAACUUCUUGAAGCUGACGCAUGUGCAAAGACAGGAAGCUGCCCAGUCUCGACGUGAGGAGAAGAAAAGAGCAGAGAAGGAGCGAAUCAUGAAUGAGGAAGAUCCUGAGAAACAGCGCAGGCUGGAGGAAGCUGCCUUGAGGCGUGAGCAAAAGAAAUUGGAGAAGAAGCAAAUGAAAAUGAAACAAAUCAAAGUGAAAGCCAUGUAAAGUCAUCCAAGAGAUCUGAGUCCUUAUGCCACCUGUAAACUCUGAAUUCACAGGAAACAAAAAAUACCAGUUCAUUUCUCAUCUUAAAGUUUCCCAGUGACUGAGAAAUCCUUAUUUCAUCGUGUGUUCUGUUUUUGGUUUGGAGUUUUACAGAGGUCAGAGAUACAUUGGAAGGACUCUGUUACAGUAAUUUUCUUCCAGAUAAUCAAAUUAUUUUGAUUAUUUUAUAAAAGGAAUAAUAUAUGAAAUCUGUGUAGUUUCAAAACAUUUUAAAAAUUAUAACAUGAAUCAGUACUUUUAGUGCUUGAUAUUUGACGAAAUAUCAUGAAAUUUAUAGAUAUAUAAUAGAUUGUUGCUUUUUGUUGAAACUAGGCAGUUGAAAUGGCUAUGAAGACUGACUCUAAACCAAGAUUGCACAGAUAACUAUUGGAAUUGCACAAUAAACAUUGCUUGGUGUUCU